AUUCUGCAAUACUAUUGCUGCUGAUGGCAUCGACAUGGGUAGAAUCUUCUGUCCAGCUGACUGUGCUUAGUGAACAGUCAUCUGUCUGUGAUCUAGAUGGGAAAAUACUCACCUGUGAUUUAGAAAACGAAAUUGAGAGGUAUAGCCUUCGUUACGUAUAGCCAAUCAUCCAUCGAGAAAGAGGGAAGGAAUGCUGUCAUAAGUUGCGUAACGAGUGCGUUCGAAACCUUUUAUCUGAGUUCAAGAUGAAUACGAUGACGAGGUUGGCAUUGGGGUUCUUCAUUCCUGUCCUGGGUCAGACUCUUCCAACAGAAGUUCCAGUGAUCGAAGCGUCACUUCGUGAGUGCGAACGUAGGCAGAAUUCCCUCUUCUGUGAUUUUCAGGGCUCUAGCAUAGACACCAUCUACCUUGACCGAACGAAUGAAACGUUCGGCAUCAUUUACGUAUAUAACAUAGCCAAGCUUCAUCUGAAUCAUAAGAGCUGCACCAACUUAGCCCUGAACAACAUUGGAAGAGUCGAAAUAGCGGAGAAGGAGCUACUAGUAGACUACACGUGUAGUCGAGCGAUAAAACUCACAGCCAAAGAUACUCUCUUCAGCGAGAUUCCAGGGAACGCGAAAGAAAUUGACCUGGAAAACUGCACCCUGCUGUCCUGGACGACUGUCUCCUCUCUCACGAAAGCCAGCAUCUUGAAUUCACGUGUAGAAGUGCUCAACGCAUCUGAACCUUUGAUGAAUGCAGCAUCGUUCAUGGUGGAUGGGUCCUCCAUAGGCAUCUUGCAGAAGCUCGUCCUUAAUGGAUCUGAAUUCAGCAUGAAAUCCACGAAAAUAGAUUUUAUCUCUCCUGGAGGCUUCGUGGUCCAACGAGGACUCGCGAAGUUAGAGAACUGCUCGUUUCAAAAUGCGUCUGUCGACAGUUUCCUGAUUCAUCCCAAAGCUACUUUAUUGCUUGAGAACCUUUCUGGGAACCUGAGAAUAUCUCAUACGGGGAAGUCUAGCGACGUUGAAAAUACUGCGAAUGAGAAAGAUUUCUACACUGAAUUUGUCGUGGUACUUGCCGUCCUCGUCAUAACGAUGGUAUCAUGCUUGGGUAUAAUCUUCGUCUAUUGUAUUAAGGAGAGAACCCGUAGCCAAGUUCCCGGAAUUAAUGAUGCCAAGUUCCAAAACAAAGACGAACAAAUUUCACUUCUGGACAAAAACUCCCCUUCCGAGACUAACCGUAGCUCUAAAAAAGACUUAGACAAUAAUCGGGAAAGAGAGAUUCUUACGAACCAGGGCGCGUCGAGGGAAGGUGAUGACGCCAUGUCAAAGGAACAACUGACAGCCCCUCCUUACCAAGAUGACGUCAGCGACAAAGUCAUUAUCUUCAAGUGUUAUUACCUGGCAGGACAGGAUUGUGAAAUAGGGGAUCUUUUGCGAAAAGGCAAAAUCAAAAUAGCACUGAGC